AUGCGCUUGGAAGAGUUGCUCGUUGUAAUAGUUUCUUUCAUGCAGACUGGGAUGGGGCUACUGGGAAAUGCAGCGUUACUCAUGGUGUACUUUGGAAUUUUCAUUUCCCAGCCCCAUCACAGGAAGCCCACUGACCUGAUCCUCACCCACCUGACCGUGGCCAACACAGUGACACUGCUCACUCAGGGAGCCCCCACAGUGAUUUUUGCCACCGGCUUAGAGAAUAAAUUAGAAGAUGUUGGGUGUCAUAUCCUAAGCUACUUCAGGAGAGUGACACGAGGCUUGUCCAUCUGUAUUACGUGUCUCCUGAGCGUAUUCCAGGCCAUCACCAUCAGUCCCAGCACCUCCUGCUGGGCCUGGCUCAAACCCAAGGCCACUGGCUACGUCAUUCCUUCCUUAAUUUUCUUUUGGAUCCUCCACCUCUCAAUGUACAUGAAUAUACUAACUGCAACAGUACCCAUCUACAAUGUCACUAGUACAGUUAAUCGUUUAAAUAUGAAGUACUGUUCUGAUAUGUUCUCGAAGAAAUAUUUGACUAAUGUAGCAUUCGUAAGUGUGAUAACUCUCAGGGAUGUUUUCUUUGUGUUCCUCAUGAGCUGGGCCAGUGGUUACAUGGUGUUUGUGCUCUACCGACACCAAAAACAAGUUCAACACAUCCACAGCACCAGCCUCUCCCCCAAAUCCUCCCCCGAGACCCAAGCCACCCACACUAUCCUGCUCCUGGUCACCUGCUUCGUUACCUUUUACUGUACCAACUGCAUCAUUAUCCUGACAUCAACACUGGUUGAAGAUAAAAACUUCAGGAUGAUGGAUGCUAUGACUAAUCUGAGUGCUUUUUACCCAGCCCUCUGCCCCUGGGUGCUAAUCAAAAAUGAUCCCCGAGUUCCCAGGCCUCAGUGUUUCCUUGGCAAUGUGAGAAGUUCCUCUACACCCCUGGAUCUCAGUGGUGAACAACAGAUCAGCUCUUUGCCCAUUUCUUUUCCAGAGGCCCACUAUGAGGCAUCCUGUCAGAAGGAAGUAGAACUUUAUGGGAACAUGCUACCCCAGAAGACCACACUCUCUUUGCAAGAGUACGGUGACUGUUGGAAACUAGGGUAG